GUCCCCCAAAGCCAAGCCAAGACUGAAGGUGGGAAAGUUUAUUGAAAAGAAUGAUCGUUCCACUAGGUUGAUGACAUACAGUAGUCGCGUAGGGUGUACUGGAUGAGUUUCUUCCAUGCUGUUGAUACGCCAGAACACUAUGAACCACCUACAGGACUACUCGGGACCGACUCGGAGUAGAAUGUACACAAAUGGCGCACAGUUAGUAGUGUGUACCUUGGUUUACCGGUAUGCAGGUCUGGUUGUAAUUGUGUCAGGUUUUGGUAAAGUAUUGUUGAUUUGCGAUCUUGGUAUAACUCUCUCCGUACUGGGGGAUCAGAUCAGCUGAGUGAGAAUACUGUCAGGAAUUACCGCCUACCAUCUUCGGGACCACUCUCACUUGCUGCUCCUGCUCU